AUGAGCUCGCUCAUACUCAUCAGCAGCAUCGCUGGUGCUAUUCUCGCUAUUUCGAGCAUAAUCUGGUGCGUGACUCAUGCCUACAGCGCCCUGCGCGCGCCAUCGCGCCGUGUGUAUGCGGAUGCGGAGAGCGUGACCCUCCAGGAGGAGAGUGCGUUUGGGGAGGCCCCUAGUGCGCAAGUGGGCGUGGGCAGAGGCGAUGACGGCGCCGCCCACAACAGCGGUCAGAGGCCAAGUCAGAAUCUUCGCGACAACUACGCCGAUCGCGACGCCAUCGACUAUCGCGGGGAGGGCAACAACAACUACUAUGGCCUCGAUGGCAGUGUGCGGCCGGCAUCGCCAAACGCGGAGCGCGUGGAGGGUAUCCCCAUCGAAACCCGUGUGCGUCCACGGCGCAAUCUGCCACGUAAUCGAAUCGUCGUGCAUCAUGGUGACCAGGACGUGUGUCUUGAUUUCCGCGGUGUCGAGCGUGUGCCCCAGGCCGGCCCUCCGCCGCUCACCGUCGAAGAGAAGCAGCGCCUCGAGGAUGAACAGAAUCGCAUUGCUUCACCAGAGUUCUAUGGCCGCGCGGAGUACGAGGGCCGGCGAACCUCCGACAGAAACACACCCAACAUGCGGCUCAGCUCUUCCUUACUGCAGGAACUGCAGCUUCAGUACAGUAUGGCGUCAGCCUCCAGAGGUGCCCUCCACAACUACGCCACCGAAAGCAGCAUGGGAAGCAUGAGCUUCCGGCCCGGCUCGCCAGCCGGGUCGGCGCGGCACGCACGGCACGGCUGGCAAACCCCUACUCCGAACAGUGUCAGCUUGCAGAGCGGCAGCAUUGGCAGCCUCCACUUUUUUCGCCGACGCAAGAAGUCGCCCACGCGCCAUGACGCAGGUGGCAGCACGAGCCCUAGCCAGGCCCUGUACCAGGCGAACUCCUUCUCCUCCGCGCCGCGCAACCGUCGGGAAGAUCUCGAGAGCACCUCCGACGACUUCGAGGACGUUUCGCUGCACAACGGCCCCGUUCAUCUUCGUCUGGGGCAGCUGAGCGAGUUCUUGGCCAAGAAGGAGCAACAGACGCUGAGCCAACUAUCCCCAACGUCGAGGCUGGGAAACGUAAACGGCUUUGACCAGAUUAGCCUGCACGGUACCUCUCCCGUCUUCUUAGAUCGCCAAGUGAGCACCAGGGCAUCCGUAGCGAGCGUCAGCCCGGUCGGGCUCGGUGGAGGGUGUGCCGCAGCUGGCAUCAUGACGUCCUCGUAUGACCAAAGUGUGGCGCCGUAUCCGCCCCACCAUCCGACCAUGGCCGCUGGCCUGCCGCCCUUGAAUGCCUCCUUUCAUAGCUACCACUCUUGGCGCUCCGCGUCUGUCAACUCUCCCGUCGUGGGGCUGGCAGGGGCGACGUCCUACCCGCACGUGGACUCGUCAUCACCGCUUUCCGGCACCCACUCUGGUGCGGAAGGGGCAGGUGUUGACGCACGCGCCGCUGUCCAGCCGCCCCACACCGCUUUGUCACCGAGGAAGGCGGCUGAAAACGCACACCAUCAGACUUCGCUUUCAGGUGCCGGGCAAGGACGCGGCAGCAACGCUGGAGCGCAUGCGUGUCAUGUCGACACGUUCUCUCCGCCGUCGAAUCGCUGGAGCAGCGGCCUGCGCUCGCCCUUUUCCCUGCCUGGAAGUGACCCAGUGACAGCACCCUGCUCGGCAAGCUCUGGGGGAACGAGAGCACAGGCUUAG